AUGCGGGGCCCGCGGCAUCGAACGUCGUUGCCGCUCGCGGUAGUUUUAUAUUUCGGGCAGUGGUAUUCAGUGCUGUUCUGGAUUCUGAGCAUUCUCGUGUUCUUCUACAAAGGUUACAACCUGCUGUUCCCGGACGAACGCUUCGGGAUCGAGAUCGCGUGCCUGCUCAUAUACCUCCUGGUGGAGCCCGCGCGGAUCUCGAUGAUGGACCGCGGCAACAAGGCGUCGAGCUGGGUCAGCAUGCUGGGCGGGCUCCUGCUCAGCGUCAUCCUCAUCGUCUACUACUCCUACCUCAUGUUCCUCCAGACCUACGUGCUGAAGAUCGACCUGGUGCUGGGCGGCGCGGGGCUCGGCUUCACGGCGCUGCAGCUGGUGUUUGGUUGUUUCGUGCUGGCAGUGUCAUGA